GUAGAACUAAAUCACUUCUUUAAUUUCUUCUUCCCUCUUUUCUCUCUCCUUCCUUCCUCAAUUUAGGGUUUGUUAUCGUUUUCCCCAUCUGCAUUCCAAUUUCCGCUGCCUUCUUCCGGUUCUACUUUAUGGCUUUAUGCAACUAACAGGCUCUUCAAGAAGCUUGAACAUCCAGUAGAGAUUGAGUUUGUUGUUGAAAUUUAAAAUUCGUUGGUAACAUUUGGGGAAAUAGAUUCUAUCAAUGAGACCUGGUGUAAGUGUAUGCCUGAUGAAGAGUUGUUCUAUCUGAAAUAAAAUUUUCUUAAACCAUGAGUAAGUUAUCCUAUGGUGCUUCUCAUCCCAAAGCAUUUUCUUAACAUUAUCAUUGACUUCUGAAUCUCUAGUACAUGGUGGUUUUGGAUCAGUAUUUAGAGGCCUGAGCUGGUGUUGAGGCUGCCUCAAUUGACAUGUUACUAAAAUAUUGCACAUGAAUGAUUAUUAUUGUGCUCUAAGUUGGUUGUCAUCAACUUUUAGAAGCAUAAAAACAAGCUUCACAAAACAUAGCUAAGACGGGGUCGCUUUGUUGUGUGGCUGCAAGGCCACAUGGAUCCAAUGCAGCCAGUGGAGAAUGGUCCAUUGGUCCCAAUGAACCGUAUUGGCAAACUAAUACAAGUUUUUCACCACCCUUAUCCAGAAGAUGGGAUCACAGGUUCCAAUCUGAAGGUCUUCCAUAUGGAUCAAAUAAUGCUAUUCAGCUCUAUGGGUCUUCUAUCUCAUCAAACAGUAAAGAAAGCAGAGUGUGGAUGAGAAGUGACCAAUUCUCUCAUCAUCAUUAUUCUGCAUCUGAUGGUUUUGGAUCUUAUUUUAGUAGUCCAUCAGAUAGUUUUCAGACCCAACAGUGGACACCACCGCCAGUGCAAAGAGCCAGUGCUGAUGAUUAUGUAACUGUGACACUGAGAGAGCCAACAUCAGGGCCCUUAACUUUUACACCGUUAAUGGAGGGAUCUUCAGCUAUCCCGUACAGUGCAGGAUCCACUUCAUCCCGUUCAGAUGGUAGUGAAUAUGAGCCCAUUACCAAGACACAUGCUUCUUCACAUCGUCGCUACUCUUUCAUGUCCAAGCCUGUUCACCCUCUAUCUUUUCCGACCUUAACUCUGGGUAGGGAAGCUGAUGGAGCCAUUGCCCCUGGAAACUGUGUUAAUCAGCCAACUGUCCAUGAGAACAGCAUGUCUCAUCAUUCUGAUCUGAAAUAUGCUCAAAAUCUUGCAGAGCUUCAUUCUGCUUCUGGCUUUCCUGAAUUUGGUGCUACUACUCCCCAAAGAGAAGCACUUCAAUGGAGCAGUGCUAGCAGCAGCAUUGAUUUCACUGAUGCUUCUGAGCAGUUGGAUUCUGAAUGUUUUGCACCUUCAUGCAAUCCACAGGAAGGAUUCAAAUGCGGAUUGUGCGACAGGUUCCUGUCUCAGAGAUCACCUUGGAGUUCUCGCAGGAUUGUCAGAAGUGGGGACAUGCCGGUUGCUGGAGUUCUUUCAUGCCGUCAUGUUUUUCAUGCUGAGUGCUUGGAGCAGACAACCCCGAAGACACAGAAACAUGACCCUCCUUGCCCACUUUGUGCAAGAUUAGAGGAGAAUGUACCCGAGCAGCGGUUGGUUUCCAGGCUAAAGAAUGGGCUUCCAAGGCUCAGGCCCUUUUGUGAGGAUGGCCCAUCAAGAUCUUGGGGCUGUGGACAGGUAGGGGAUUGUGUUGAGGGUGCACUGCAUGGACCCCCUCGCAAUGCUAUGUUGCUGCUGAACCGGAGCCGCCUAAAGAAGCACCUCUCCAUGAAGGGCAGUUCAAGCAAGGAGAUCCCAGAAAAGUUGAAGAAAAGUGGGUCUUACGUGUUGAGCAAUUCCGUUGAUCAGGGAGCAGUUGGAUGCUCAAGAACUGCAGGUCUUACACUGAAGAGAUGGUGAACCUAUUGACUAUGAUAUGGAUAUGGGUAAAGAGAGGAUCAUGCAAUUGCUUCAUAGGGGGUUUGCAUUGUCCUUUUUUUCUUUUCAUGGGCUCUCGGAUUGUGACAAAUAUUGAGCUUAAAGUAAUUGAUAUAUGAUAUAGUUAAAAGCAGCAUUAGCAAUUAUCGUUGUACAGAUUCAAUGCAUGAAAGCUUGGUGGAACUGAAGGGGCAUGCAGUUAUUUGUUUCUUUUUCUUCUUCUUUUUAAGCAGAAUCAUGAUUUUUCACAURUGAUGUUUUCCUAUUCA